GUGCGCAGGUGUAGUUUAAGGGAUUUUUAUGUUUGAUGGAAGUGUUGUUAGAACAUCGAACGGACGUAUUUGAGUAAAUCAGUAUUGUAGAUAGUGGAACGCAGUAACAUGAGUCACAAUAAAGACGAAAAUUGCAAAGAGAAACAAUACGAAACGAUAAUGAAUUCACAGAGGGAUCAACUAAUCAGAUAUGAAAAACGACUGAAUGACAUCGUAACAGCUUAUAAGGGUUUAGCGAAAGAGAAAGCUGCGUUGGAAGCUACUUUGCGCACUAUUAAGCAGCCCCCAUCGGAAGUGUCAGAAGAACAAAGCGAAAUAAGACAUCCUGAACAGAAACAAAUGGCUGAAAGCUGCAAACUUUUGCCUGAGCUGCAAAUACAGCAACUUAUGACUAACAUAACUACCCUUAGUGAGGAACGUAAACGCGUCGAAGAGACACUGAAGCUUGAACGCAGUCAAUUGCGACUAGAACUUGCAAGGCAAAAUGAAACCAUUCAAGAACUUACUGCUCGUUUGGCAAAUCUGGAACGUCCCAGUAAUGAUAUUUGUGACGAUCAUGUAAACUAUGAAAUGAGAAACGAGACACAUCUUCUUACAAUACGAGAACUGAAAAAGAUGUUAGACGAUGAGCGAAAUCUAAAGGAAAAACUCGAAUUACAACUCGGCAACCUUAAAACACAGAUUCUUCUCGAUAUGCCGCAAUCAAUUAAAAAAAAAUCAGUUGAACGUCAUUUAACCUCUUUUAAGAAUGUUGAUCGUGAUAAAAACAGUGAUGCUAGCUUGAAAGAAUCGUUGCAAGGUUUACGAAUGGAAAUGCUGCAUUUAAAAAAACAAUACGCCACUAUUGUAUCCGAUGAAAAAACCCGAGCCCGUUUAGCUGAGGAGCGGAGUACGCGUCUGGGAGAAUUGCACGAGGAACGUGUUGCUAAUCUAGAAGCACGUAUAUCAGAAUUGAGUGAUGUUAUAGGAAAGAACGACCGUUUGAGAGAGCAGGAUAAAGAGACCAUACAGCAUUUAAAAGAAACUAUUGCUCGUAUGAAACUUUCUACAGGCAUGAAAACGACGACGAAUGCUGAUGUUAAGAGAACAUAUGACUUUGGACUUAUUGAAGAUGGCUAUGGGGCACUGGAGCAUUCGUGCGCUGAGGAACAAAAUCAGCAAUGCGCUUCGAAGGCACUGUUACUCACAGCCAAUCUUGAUGGAAAUUCAGAGCAAUUGGUAACUGCAAAUAAUAUGCAAAACUCAGACCCAUUGUGGGAGAAUUGCGAACUUGAGGAUUAUAAGCGACGCUACGAUCAGUGUAUGAGCGAAAAUCAAAAACUAAAAGAAGAGUUACUUUUAAAUCUAGAAAAUACGAAUACUUUGAAACAGCAGCUUGACAAUUUGAAGCGAUCGACCGAGCAACUCGAGAUCGAUUUUCAAUACAAACUUACCGAAUAUGCUGCUGAACAGAAAAAAGAAACAACGAAGCACAGCGAUGCCAUGAGCGCAUUGCAGACAUCGUUUGAGAGGCAGAUAGGGAACUUACAGCAUACUCUGCAAAAGCAACGUGAACGGUCACUGGCAGUGAUUGAAGAGAAGGAAGAAGAAAUUAAAGUCCUGCGAACAUCGUCAGAGAUACUUUCGCUGUCGACCUCGACGAUGUGUACGGAACAAAACGCUAUCAUCCGAAGUGAAUUUACAAUAGACCAACACCGUAAAAGUAACAGAAUUGAGCUGCCAGCGAAUGACUCGAACUCAGAAGAGAGGCAACAUUUACUACAUUACGCGCAAGAAAUUGCUAGAAAAAAUGUUGAAAUAAGUACGUUGCGUACAUCGAAAAAUACAAUAGAAAAUAUGCUACGUCAAACUCUACAUGAGAAAGUGAUAGCUGAAGAACGACUGAACGAACGGAUUGUUCAAUUGGAGAAAGAACUUGGACCUUUGAAGACAAAUCAUACGUUAGACGGAUCGAAUUUGAAGUACUUGAAAAAUGUAAUUCUAAGUUUCCUGUUGACAGAUAAUACCGAAAGUAAAAAGCAUAUGACAAAUGCUAUAGCAGCCGUGUUGAACUUCGACGAAAGUGAAAUACAAGCUAUUAAUGAUGGAACGGUACGGUUAACUUGAAAUAUAAAAUUCGUUAGAUAUGUCAAACGACUACGAAUAUCGGGAUUAAUUUUUUCAUAAAGUUUGCCAUAGAGCUCACAGAGAGGUUGUUUUUUUCGCACAGAGCUGGGUAAUUUAUAAGAAAAAAUCUUGAGAAUCGAAUCACGUUAUGCAUCCAUUAUUAGUUAUCCAAUGUUCGAUCGUUUAAAUAUAUAGCUAGCUCCAGCACACGCUCAUUCAAUGUGAUCCAUUCUUUAAAAGGCAAAUCCGUGCAGUGUAUUAUUUUUGGUAUUCCUAGCAGUCUAUAGUAUCAAUCAUUCGAGAGGUCUUGGAGAUGUCUCAGAUGCGUAUGUGAGUACUGAGACUAUAAAGGUUUUGUACACCCCAUCAUCUAGCGCGAAUCUUCUCAGUUAAAUUUUGCAUAGUGUUUAUGGUCCCGAUGCUCUAACAGCUGGCUACGUUAAAUUUUGGCUUCGUUGACCCUAUUCAGUUAUUUUUUAUGUUAAAGCCUAGGCAGAUACGUCAUCAAAAAUAUCGAUAAAAUCACAGAAAUAAUCAAAGUUGAUCGACAUGUUAGUUGUCAGAGCAUCGGUCAGGAGCUGAAGAUUAACUAUCAAAUAGUUUUAAGCCAUUUGCGCAAAACUGGAUUUAGAAAGAAGCUCGAUGUUUAGGUGCCACCCUAUUUACACCAAAAAACAUGAUGGCUCGAAUUUCCAUUUGCGAAGUUUUUUCGAAACGAAACGAAAUCGACCCAUUUCUUAAACGGAUGCGUAUUGGGUAUGAGAAAUGGGAUACAUACGACAACACUGUGUGGAAAUGAUCGUGGUUAAAGCGUGGUGAAGCAUCUUAACCGGUGGUAAAACCAGGACUCACGGCCAGGAAGGAACCGUUUAUUAUGAGUUGCUUCCGUGUAUCCAAACACUAAAUUCAGAUCUCUACUGUCAGCAACUGCACCGUUCCAAGCUAGCAAUUGACCAGAAACGACCAGAAUCGGCCAUGGAAGAGGUUUUGUGUUCCAUUAGGAAAACGAAAUGUCACGCACGUCUUUACAGACUCACCAGAAAGUCCGGGAGUUUGUUUGGGAUGUUUUAAUGCAUCCACCGUAUAGUCCGGACCGUGCACUUAGCGAUUGACACCUUUCUCAAGCAUUACAAAAUUUCCUGAGUGAUGAAAAACUGAGAUCAAAAAAGGAUUGUGAAAAUGGAUUGCUCCAGUUUUUCGUCAGUUACGACUAAGUCUUUUACAAAAGAGGCAUUACCAGCCUACCUUUGAAAAUACAACAAAUUUUCCAACAAAACGGUACAUAUUUGACGAAAAUCGGACCAUCGGAAGUAUCUUAAAUAAUGUUUUGAAUUUCACCCAAAAAUAAUGGAUUACUUUUUCCUCAACCUUAUAUAUUUUGGUUGCAGAAAAUUGGAAAAUAUGUAAAACUUAUUUCCAAAGUGAUAGGUCUCAAACGAUACAAUAUUUUGAAAGCUUAUUUCAUUUAAGCUCAUUUCCACCUUGGUGGCUACGUUAAUAAGCAAAAUUAUCGUUUUUCGUGUUCAGAAAACCCACACGCAGCUGUUGUGUUCUCCGCAACUAAUAAUAAAAAACAGCACGGUUCUUUAAACCACUCUUUAUUGGGCAAAGUGUGAAUUGCGAAAUUAAAGGGCCAUUUUGUCAGUCCACAUAGGCACUCGUACGGCGAUUGAAACGCCAUUUUACGAAUUGUUGUACAAAAGUGCUAUUUUUUAACGUGGAAUACCAUCUUUUUGUUCACAAUCCACUGUGAUACGAGUUGUUAUACACAUGACAAAAAUUACACAUUCUGCACCAUGGCUAGUGCCAGGGUAACUUUAUUUGUACGAUGAAACAAAAAUUAAUAAAAAUGAUUACUUUGUUUGAUUCAAAGUAAAAUUGCAAAGCAAACGACAAUCAAAAUAACAUUGAAUUUUUUAUUACGAUUAAACAGGACAAUGAUUUUUUAUGUUUUCACUGUAUGUAAUUUUACUUUGAUUUUUUCGCAACAUUGUUUUACGUUUUGAUAUAAAACUGUUAUGGCCGUGGGAUCAAUAGCAUUUUGAAAAUACAAUCUGAAAUCAUAUUUCAGGCUUUUUUUUCAAUUUACACACCUGAUGUCGCAAAAGUAUAGUUGUACAUUUUUUAGAUUCUUAUAGUUUGUAGUUCAUUGGUGAUUUGCAAAUUUCUCGUCGUUUAGAACUCUGGCUAUACAUCCCUCAUAAAACUCAGCUAGGUUCACUCUAUAUAAACAAGAAGUCAACUCAAAUGUAGGGUAACUUUGAAGUUUGAAGUUCAAUUAUGAUUUUGACUAGCGUAAAUGACAUUAUAUAAAAAACGCACCCUUUGGUAGGAGUAUAUUUUUCGAUUAAAUACAUCAAAUUGCGGAAUACGAAUUGGUAAAUUCAAAUGUUUGCCAAUACUUGUGGUAAAUGCUGCCUUUCGUGAACUACAAUGUCACAGCCUUAACAGAAUGUGACGCAAAUGGGAUAUUCUUUUACCAGUAACAAUAACGGUGCGUUUGUUCAUUAUCUUUUCUAGCUCACCGAAUCAUAAUUGAAAGUUGUGAUAAUCUUAUCAAACAACGUUGCAAUGGGUACAGUUAAACCAAGCUGACUACUUUCAUUUUGACAAAUAUUAAGAAGUUCGAUUUAUAAAUACGGCCCGGUCCGCAAAGAUGUUAUGUUCAACCGCAUUUCUUACUAAAAGUAUGUCAGUAUAUCAGAGAUCCAAUACGACUUCUUUUAGAGCGGGAUUGUCAGGGACAGUGACAGUGCUUGUAACAAACAUGUUUGGUAUCAGAUUAUAAUCGAACGAUCUUCCUAUUAAUUUGAUCAUACCCCUAUCUUCAAAAACGAUCGAUAUUAUGUAUGUCUAGCAUAUUGCAAAUUUCUUUGCUAUAAAAACCAUUCGAAUGGAAACAUGUAAUCAGCAUUAAAGGAAGACGGUCAUAAGAAACAUUGUCUCAUAGUUUAUAUUAUUUUUUGGCAAUAGUGGUUGAUUUUUUUGCAUGAUGACAAAGCAAAAUAGCCCCUGUGUUUAUAUUUCACCUAUCCCUAAUGCAUGAACAUACUCUUUUGGAAAGAAACCAACCUGAAAGAAACGAAAAGUAAUUAAUUGAAUAGAAUAGAGGCAAUAUGUAGGCGUUCUUAUUUAUUUCUUAUUAUUAUUAUAACGAACCGUAUUAAGCACCAACUUAAAGUUUUGCACUCAAGUUCAUGCUCUGUCAGGGUUCGAA